AUGAGUCGCUGGAAUCAUCCACCUCUCCCUCCUCAAGCCCUUACUCUGAGCCCUGUCAGCUCUUUGCUCAUACCUCUGUUCUCUCUCCUGCUCCCCAGGCCCUCCUGCCCCACGGUGCAUGCGCUCACUGUAUCUUAUCCAAGCAAUGGCUACUUCUUCAACGGCUCCACUUCAAGUGCUUUCCCUUGCCACCCUCCCUUCGUGGUCUUGGAAGUAAACAGUGAAUUUAUCGUUGAGGUGAAAGAAUUAGACAUUGAAAAUGGCACGACAACAUGGCAAACCGUCAGAAGACAGAAGAGGGAGUGGAUCAAGUUUGCCGCGGCCUGUCGGGAAGGAGAGGAUAACUCGAAGAGGAAUCCGAUCGCCAGGAUUCGCUCAGACUGUGAAGCGAACCAGAAAAUCACCUACCGCAUCUCCGGGGCAGGGAUUGAUCGGCCACCUUAUGGUGUGUUCACCAUUAAUCCUCGGACUGGGGAAAUCAACAUCACUUCGGUAGUGGACAGAGAAAUAACUCCACUUUUCCUGAUCUACUGCCGAGCCCUGAAUUCACGGGGCGAAGAUUUAGAGAGUCCUCUAGAGCUCAGAGUCAAAGUCAUGGACAUAAAUGACAAUCCCCCAGUCUUCACCCAGAAUGUCUACACUGCCAGCAUCGAAGAGAACAGUGACGCCAAUGCCCUGGUGGUAAAGCUAAGUGCCACUGACGCAGAUGAAGACAACCACCUGAAUUCUAAAAUCGCCUACAAGAUCAUCUCUCAGGAGCCUGCAGGGGCACCCAUGUUCAUGGUGAACAGGUACACUGGAGAAGUCCGCACCAUGUCCAGUUUCCUCGACAGAGAGCAACACAGUAUGUACAGCCUACUCGUGAGGGGUUCAGAUCGGGAUGGAGCUGCCGACGGGCUGUCCUCUGAGUGUGACUGCAGAAUCAAGGUUUUAGACGUCAAUGAUAAUUUCCCUGUCUUAGAAAAAACUUCAUACUCAGCAAGUAUCAAAGAGAAUUGUUUGAGUUCAGAAUUGAUACGAUUACAAGCAAUUGAUCUUGAUGAAGAGGGUACUGAUAAUUGGUUGGCAAAAUAUAUAAUCCUCUCUGGAAAUGAAGGAAACUGGUUUGAUAUUCAAACAGACCCACAAACCAAUGAAGGCAUUUUGCAGGUCAUGAAGACGUUGGAUUAUGAGAAAAUGCCUAAUGUUCUUCUUAGUAUUGGAGUUAAAAACCAAGCUGAAUUUCACCAUUCAGUUGCCUCUCAAUUCCGGAUGCAAUCAACCCCUGUGAGAAUUCAGAUUGUUAAUGUAAGAGAAGGACCCAUGUUUCAUCCAACUUCCAAGACUUUCAGUGUACGAGAAGGAAUAGCAGGACAUUCCUUACUGACUCAUGUGCUCGGCACGUACACCGCCAUAGAUUUGGAUACAGGAAGUCCUGCAACAAAUGUCAGGUAUAUCAUAGGGCAUGAUGCAGGCAGCUGGUUAAAAGUUGAUUCAAGGACUGGUGAGAUACAGUUUUCUAGGGAAUUUGAUAAGAAGUCAAAAUACAUUAUCAAUGGGAUAUACACAGCAGAGAUCCUGGCUAUAGAUGAUGGUUCUGGGAAGACCGCUACAGGAACCAUUUGUAUUGAGGUUCCUGAUGUCAACGAUUACUGUCCAGUUGUUUAUUCAGAGAGAAAUAUCAUCUGCACUAACUCUCCAUCAGUCCUUAUCUAUGUUAGUGACUCUUCCUACGGCUCUCCCUUUACCUUCUGCGUUGUGGACCAGCCACCAGAAACAACUCCCACGUGGGAUAUCAGAUCCAUAAACGGUACUGCUGCUGUCCUUAUGACCGAGCAGAUGUUAUCAGAGCAACUUUACCAAGUCCCCAUCCUCGUAAAGGACAGCUACAACAGACAAUGCGAACUGCCUCAGAUUGUACAGUUAAACGCCUGCGACUGUGACAGCAAUCACAUGUGCUGGCAGUGGAGUACCACGGGCAUCUAUAACGGGGAUGUCGGCUCAGUCACCGAUGACAUGAAUGGGUUUGUCACUGGUUCCGGAGUUGGGGAUUCAAAUGGUGGGCUUGGAUCAGCGGGGAUCGCCAUGAUUGUCCUGGGCCUCUUACUACUGCUUCUGUCGCCACUCUUGCUGCUCCUGUGCUGCUGCAAACGACGACAGCCAGAAGGCCUGGGGACCAGGUUUGCUCCCGUGCCCGAGGGGGGCGAAGGAGUGAUGCAGCCCUGGAGAAUAGAAGGGGCCCAUCCUGAGGACAGGGAUGUGUCACAUAUAUGCGGACCCAUGACAGCCUCUAACACCCAGGAUCGUAUUGACUCUUCUGAAAUCUACACCAACACCUACGCGGCCGGAGGGACCGUCGAAGGGGGCGUGUCCGGAGUGGAGCUCAACACCGCCGUGGGGGCCGCAGAGUGCCUGGCGACCGGAGCGGCGGCAGUGGGCGCCUCGAGGAAGAGGAGCUCCACCAUGGGCACCCUGCGGGAGUACGCGGACGCCGGCCCGAACGUGGCCUUCCUGGACAGCUACUUCUCCGAGAAGGCGUAUGCAUUCGCGGAUGAAGACGAAGGCCGACCGGCCAAUGACUGCUUGCUCCUUUACGACCAUGAAGGAGUCGGGUCUCCCGUGGGCUCCAUCGGCUGCUGCAGUUGGAUUGUGGAUGACUUAGAUGAAAGCUGCAUGGAAACCUUAGAUCCAAAAUUUAGGACUCUUGCUGAAAUCUGCUUAGACACAGAAAUUGAGCCAUUUCCUUCACACCAGGCCUGUAUACCUAUCAGUACUGACCUCCCUUUGCUCGGGCCCAACUACUUUGUGAAUGAAUCUUCAGGAAUGACUCUCUCAGAGGCUGAAUUCCAAGCAGAAAUGGCAGCGACGGAACCAGUCAUUCAUGGGGACAUCAUAGUGACCGAGACCUACACUACUGCUGAGCCAUGUGUCCAGCCCACUACUAUUGUUUUCGACCCACAGCUUCCACCCAAUGUUGUAGUAACUGAAACAGUAAUGGCACCUGUCUAUGAUGUUCAAGGGAAUAUUUGUGUACCUGCUGAGAUAGCCAACACACACAAUGUAUACUAUGCUGAGAGAGUAUUGGCUAGCCCGGGGAUGCCUGACGCGAACAGUGUUGGCAUGGCUGAUGCUUGCAUGGGACCUGUGAUGAGUGGUGGGAUUUUGGUAGGGCCAGAAAUUCAAGUGACACAAAUGGUGAAUCCAGACAUUCACAUAAGCCAAACCAUUGGCUCUACAUCCCCGAUGACAUCUCGACAUAGGGUAACACGAUAUAGCAACAUACAUUACUCCCAGCAGUAAAGGUUCUACAUGGAGACCUUAUACCCUAAGAAUCACCACCACUGUGUCCAUCACAGACAUAUAAUGUACUAUAUUAACAUUUUAACAGUUAAAAAGCAUUCAAAUAUUCUGUUUAAUGUGGUUCUUUGAUUCAUUGGGAAGGGGGAAUAGGGCUAAGCACUUUAGAUAAAACUUUUUUAGUUUUUCUGAUUUUAAAGAAUAUGCAAAAAACCGAAGAAAAGUUUUUUCUACCCUUUGACACUGUCAAACAAAUAGCAAAUGGUUUAUUUUGCAAGUCCUACAGGUCCUAAACUCUAUAGAAACAGUCUCGUAAAUGAAGAUGCUCUUGUUCUUGAGAGUUGCAAGAGAACCUUUACCAGCAUCCACUGGCCAUAUUUUUCUGUAAAGAGAUAUUUCUACUAAAAUGUAUUGACUGAAAAAGUGAAUGCAGUGUACACUUCAGAAAGGAACUUGAGAAGGAAUAUGAAGCAUAUAUCUAAAAUCAUUUGUUUCUCCACGUCAUUUCUCAGGAUAGGCAAUAUUAAGCAAUACAGCACACUUAGUAUAAAAAAAGAGUUUGCCAACUGGAAUUGGCUCAUGAAAAGGAAAUAUAUAUGAAUUUUAUUGUGCCUUAUUGAUUAAUGUAAUUAGCUAUAAAUUAAUGUAGAAUUGCAAAAAAUUUUGACAAGUCUACAAUAAACAGAUCUGGGAGAAAACAUUAGCAUUUUCCCUAUAUUUACUAAUUAUAUAAAAAGUGAAACAGUUUAAUAGUUGUUGACCUGAAUCAUAGAGAUUUUAUUUGACAACUGGAUGAAAGCUCAUCUCUACUUAUAUAUUCAACAAUAUUUACUUAGAAUGCUAUUGAAUGUUGGUCUUAGCUCUGUGAACAUAGAGCUGAAGAAAAGAGAUGUGACGUGUGUCCUUAUAGAGCUUUCAAUUCAUUUCUAGACCCAAGAUAAAACUCUGAGAUAUGGCCUUGAAAUUCUUAUCAAACUGUGUAAAUUCAUUACCAAGUUGCAUUUCUCUUUCUAAUAAAACUGUUUUACAUUGAGUGAAUAAAAUGGAAACCCCCUCACAGGAUGCUUAUUUUUAGUAAGCAUAAAGCUGGCUUAAGAAAAAGAAAUUCUGGGAAGUACUUUUACUGAAUUCUGUAACAUAUGUAAACUACAUAAUAGUAACUAUAAUGUGACUAGAAAGACACUGUAAAUGAAAUAAACUUAUUUUG